CGCGGCCCAAGCUGCUGUUAAACACCAACGAAGAAGAUCUCGUCAGAGGAAGCCAGAAUGGACAUGUCAGCAAGUGGCGGAGCAGAGCAGCUGUUCCAGAGUCUGAGCCACGUCUACCGAGGUUUUCUCAGAGGAACAUGUCCCAGGCUGAUGGGAGGAGAUGUUGUGAAAGUGAUCAUGAGCGGCGUGUGUGGACGAGAGCAUGGCAAAGCCUCCUGGGAGAUAAGCUGCUCCAGCAUGACCCUUCUGGAGAAGAUCACCUCUGGUGUGCUGCUUCACAAGCUGCCUGCAGACGUUUCAGCAGGCUGGGAGGAGAUCCUGAAGGCGCUGCUUGAAGAAACGGACCUCAUGUCACAGCUGGUACAGCAGCUCCAUGCUGAGGACCAACUGGUGUCGCACCUGGCAGCAAAGACUGUGUCCAGGUGUGUUUUGUACCUUCUCAAGAAAUCCGGCAUGUGGAGUCCUGUCUGGCAGAAGACGUGCAUUCAGGUAUUCAGCAGCUGUCCCCCCGGUCCUGCGGUCGAUGCCUGCCUGUGGUCUCUUAUCGAAGUCUUCAAAAGGCUUUUGACAGGACCUUCUCAAGAGACUGUCAGGAACCUCGUGGCAGUUUUUGAUGGCAGCAUCAUGGUCUUAUGUUCAAAGCUGCUCCCUGAGGAGAAGAGAGAGAGGACUCUGGACAUCUUUACCUUCACCAAGUCCUGGACAACAACAUUCUGCCUCUUCCUGGACCUCCUGGAGGCCUUGACAAUGUCCAGUAUUAGUUGUGAAUCAGAGGUCUGCCUGAGGAGUCAGAGAAUAGCUCUGAUUCACUCCUCCGCUCUCCUAACAGUCAUCAGCUACUGCUCAGAGGUCUUUAUUAGAAAGAAAAUCCUUCUGUUCCUUAAGAAAGUUCUUCUUCAGAAGGUUGGAGAUGACUGGUUUCCACGAGAUGGGAUGUCCUUUAGACUGAGAUACAAGAGUCUGAGCUCUGAUAUGAGUUUGCUGACUCGGCAUGUGCUACAAGCUGUGACUGCUGGUUGUUUACAGAGGAUUCAAACUGAGCCAGCAGCUUCCUUCGGAGGAGCUCAACACAUUCUAGUAGAUGAAGGCCCAAAGCCAGAUGGAGUGAUGCUCAGAGCGCUCAGCCUCGUCCUUCUCAAGUCCAUAGAGCUUCAGUUACAAGCAGAAGUGGAUGGGACCACUGACGUCUGUGGACAUCUACACAGCUUGUGGGGCUUCUUGAGGCGGAGCUAUGCCUCCCAGGUGGAGGUCACUCACCUGUGCUGCUGGAUCAGCUUGCUCUUUGGAGAUCAGGAUGAUGACCUGAUGGAGGCAGCCAGCUCUUUCCUGUCCAUAUUCCUGAUUUCCAGACGGAGUUUGGGCCUGGAUUGUUCUGCCAUGUCGGAGGUGGCCUGUGUUUCUGGAUACAACCCUCACUGCCACUUUGUUCUCCUGCUGCAGAGCAUCUCAUUCGACCACAGCAUUCUCCUGGACUUCCUGAUCUCCUCGGAAACCUGCUUUCUGAAGUACUUUGUGCGUUACCUGAAGGUCCUUACAGGAGACUGGCAGGGCUUUUCUGCUGCAUGUGGCUGUAAACCUACCUCUCACGUUGAUGGUAAGGAUGAGUUCACGGUGUGUGCGCACUCUUCACACUUACGUCCCAACGUGGAAGAUUCCGUUUUACAUACAAGAGUCGGCCUUGUGGAGUAUGAUAGUUCUGAUGAGUCUGAGGAGUCAGAGACCACAUAUGAAGGACCUGCUGAGUGUGCCAUUAGAAAGAAAACCUCAGUACCUCUAUGGAGUGAGAGUUCAUCACUGCUGAGUCAUCACAUGUGUACAGAUGUGAUGGGACAAAGGACGUGUGGGACGUUGGACAGAGCACUCCUCUGUUUGUCAGAGCUUGGACAGGUGGUGAAAAGGCUGCAGCAGAAAAAGCUCUUCCCAUACAACCCCUCAUCACUUCUAAAGCUUCUGGCAGAAGUACAGGACUGUUUCCAUCAGCUAAACCGCUGCGAAACUUUACAGGCUCCCACAUAGUUCCCAACCAGUGCAUUUGCACCUGAUGUUCAACUCUGCAAAUCUUAACUGUCCCUAAUUUUAUAUUUCCAAAGAGCUAAACUGAACUGUGAUGAUAAUAAAAGAUCCAGAUCAAUA